AUGGGCCCAACACGCACGUCGCACCGCAAGUCACACGACGGCUGCAUUCCAUGUAAGAAACGGCAUGUCAAGUGUCCAGAGCAAAGACCACGGUGCAGCAACUGUUCGCGCCUUGACCGAACGUGUACCUGGCGCGAAGCGCCUCCGCCCCCAAAGGCAACUUUAGGAGGCCAUCAGACAGACUCUUCCGCAGGAUCUCCCUGCGCAGCAAGUAACGACACCGGCACUCCUCAACGUCGAACUGAUCCAGGUGAUCUGCCCCUGCUGGACCUUAAGCUCCUCUUUCAUUAUGUCGCCAAAACUGCCAGUGUCCUUGACGAGUGCAUUGGUCCUGAGGUCCUCAAGAUAUGGCAAGACACAGUGGUGCAGAUUGGUUUCGAAUACCCGUUCCUCCUCCGCGGCAUCCUUGCCAUCUCCGCCCUCCAUCUAGCCUACGAACAUCCCGCCGAGAGAGAGUCUUUCCUGCUCCAGUCCUUCCGGCAUCUUGAGCCCUCACUCAGCGCUGUGAAGAGCUUGAUCAACAAUCCCGCCGACGCAACCACACCUGCACUAUUCGCUUGCGCGUGCCUGCUCGUGAUUCACAGUUUUGGCGCCGGCGCCCUCGACGCGCCACAUGAUCCCGUUGGAUCCCUCAUUGGCAUCAUGCAACUGAUACGCGGUGUGAGUGCGGUGUUGCGCACCUCGUGGGACACGGUUUAUGGCGUGCAACUGUCUCCACUGGCCCCCUUGGUAACCGUUGGUUUAACCGCGGACGUACCUGGCCACCUUGCCGAGAUCACCACCAUAAAACAGCAGGUAGCAUCCUUAUCUCAGUUUGACGUUCCUUUUGCCGAACGGAGCACAUGCCUGGAGGCCCUCGAUCAUCUCGAGAUCGUCUUGCUCAAAGCCAAAGCACGACAUGAGGAAGAGCAGGAGUCCGUUCUGACUAUUCUGUUUGCAUGGCCGGUCAUGGUGUCGGAAGAAUUCGUGUCCUUGGUGGCACAACGUAGACAGGUGCCUUUGGCCAUCAUAGCGCACUUUGCCACUCGACUCCGGGUGUUUGGCGACUGUUGGUGGCUGCAAGGCUGGGACACCACGCUGAUUACCCAGGUAGAACGAAUGCUGUCGGGAAGUCUUCGUGAAUAUCUUCUCUGCCCAACUGAUCAGGCGGAGUCUGCUGGAACCGUAUAG